UUUAUUUCUCUUUCCACCUGUUCCUUUUUGUCAUCGCCUUCCCCCUCCUUCAAAUUGUUUGUUUUUUUUUCUUUCGCUGUGAAAUGUUGACGGUAAUACCAUUGGAAGGAGAAGAACAAUCCAGUUCGCGAUCGCACGGCCUGACUCGGUGAGCAAGAGAACUGCAGAGGGAAGAGGGAACCCGACAUAGUCAGUCAGUCAGCAGCGCAGGAGAGCACAGACAGCAGACACUGCAGAGAACAAACGAAGGAAAAAAAAAACAAAAAAAAGGAGAAUGCGCCUGUCAUCUCUGCAACGCAUGGCCACCGGCUUUGCAGCAGCACCAGCAGCACACGCACCAGCACAACCAUCGCGGGGUUACAGUCAGAAUGUUGUCGGAAGACGGCCUUCUCUGGCUGUAGUAGCCGCCCAAUCUGUAUUGCUCUGUGCGAUCGGCACAGGACUUGUUGGUGGUCCCAUCGGUGUCAAUGGCGAGUCCUUGAUCACCGCGACAAGCGCAGCAUCGGCGGCCGUAGCGUCCGCAGCCCCGUUGGAUAUCGCAACUCCGAUGAGUACCACUACCGCCGAUAACCACAAGCAUGGGUCCUCCUCCGGCUCCGGCUCCGUUCCCGCCUCUAUUUCCGGGUCCGAUAUCAUCACAUCCGUCGCCAAGCCCGCUGCCGAGCCCACCACCGUCUCUAUCUGGGUUCCUGGGUACAUGAAGGAAGACUGGGAGCAGUUGAGGGGCAGCAUCGUCAGCCGUGACGAAUCCAUGACCGCCUACACCAUUUUUUGCGCCGAAGGACAGCCAAGCUGCUUCCUGUCCGCCGAUGCACCCUUUGUAUUUACAGAAGGCCCCAGAUCCUUCAAGUAUACAGGGGUAGCAGAGCCAACUUUCACACAAGAGAUACAUUGCAGCUUCAAUGUCACCUCCGCCGCCGUUUGCGCCGGCACCUCCACAGUUGGUUCGCACUACAUCGUCGGCACCGUCACAGGCCCCGCGACGUCGAGUUGGACAAAGACUUACAGCAGCUCCAACAUCACCUGGGUGGCCUUGACGCUGGCCACGCCCGGCCCCCAUGUUGGCACUACGGACAUUGACGGCACGGCGGUGGCGUCGGCGACAAGCGGAGAUCCUUACGGCGGUUUGGGAAGCGAAGGACUAUUCGCCCCGACGGGUAUUCCCAAGAGUAGCGCUGCUAAGGGCUGGACUGUGGAGAUGAUGGGUCGUUUGGGGGUUGUUGUGGCGGGCGUGGUCGGAGGGAUGUUGAUGCUAUAAAAUGUUUGCAGCAGAUCAAACGCAUCGAGGGUCGGGUUUUCUUUUUUCUUGUCUUUGCACUCUUUUUUUUCUUGGCAUUGGUGCUGGCGUUGGGACGGGGACGGGGACUGAUUGAAGGAUAUACCGCUUCGUUUCUUUCAAGUUUGAGCUCUUCCUGUUGGAAUAUGACAUUGCAGCGUUGGCCUGGCAUGGAAUUUGUGGGGGACAGGAGGAGGUGAGCUCAAGCAUCUGCUGGCCGAGCCCAGGACGCUAUCUAUGAUUUGGAAGUAGAGAAGAAUGUAUCAGGCAUCGAACAGAAGACGUUUGUCGGUUGCUGUAACGGAUCAAGUCGAGGUUGUGGUUGAUAACUUCGGAACGCGAGUCUGGGUUACGUCCAGACACUCAAGUGUUCAAAGAUAAAUGAUAGUUACCUUUGUAUUCUUGAUGUCUUAUCGUGGUUGAAUCGAACGAAAGGCUGACUUGUUACCCGGGCAGCGAUGAACUCAGGCUUGGAACUUGGACCUGACCGUACUUUGUUCCCGUGUGUGCGGCACGGUGCCUGGCUGUCCUAGUAUAUCUGAGUUUGACAGAACGCAAGACCUUCCCGUCGGGAUCACAAAACGGGUGUGCGAGGGUUGACGAGUGAGCUGGUCGAGCACAGGUUUAAUAUCAUAUCUCAAGCCGAUUAGAUAUUCGACUCUG